AUGGGUUCAAAAUAUAUCCAAAUGUCAGGAGAUGAUUCCAAUAAUCGCAAGCUGCAAAAUUCGAUUGAGGUGUUUGAUGAUAGAAGAAUUGACCCAGUUGGAUUAGAAUUCAAAGACCUGGUUUAUUCGAUCUCAACUACAGUGUUUGAAAAUGGAGGAAUUGACCCCGCCAGAUUAGAAUCCAAAUACCCGGUACGCUUGUAG